GGAACUUCCUCCCCAUCCUAUCUCUUGAUCUCUCUCCCUUUAUAUAUCCUGGUCCCCUCUAUCUCCUAGAAUAUGGCGACCGAAUCUCAAACCCCCGCCAUCCUCCCCUCCGACCCGUGGCCCGCUCCAUACUACCUCGAAGGAGGCUUCCGUCGCGUCACUCCCUACCACUACACCUACAAUACCUACUGCAAGGAACGGUGGCGCGGCCGCGAGUUGGUCGACAUCUUCACCUCCGAGUUCCGCGAUCGCCCCCAAGACUAUUACCGACAGGCCCUCGAGGACGGCAAAGUGUCCGUCAGCGGGCAGACGGCCGGCCCGCACACCGUCGUCAAGAACGGCCAGGUCAUCUCCCACACCCUCCACCGCCAUGAGCCCCCCGUCACCGGCCAGGCCAUCGGCAUCAUCCACGAGGACGACGACAUCCUCGUCAUCGACAAGCCCGCCGGCGUGCCCGUCCACGCCGCCGGCCGCUACCACUACAACUCCAUCAUCGAGAUCCUGCGCUCCCAGAGCACCUACGAGUGGACCCCGCGCCCCUGCAACCGCCUCGACCGUCUGACCUCGGGCGUCAUGUUCAUCGCGAAGCACCAGAAGGGCGCUGAGAUGGUCGCCGGCCGUCUGCGCCAGCGCACCGUCCAGAAGGAGUACAUCGCCCGCGUCAAGGGCAAGUUCCCCGACGGCGUCGUCGUCUGCGACCAGCCCAUCAUGUCCGUCAGCCCCAAGUUGGGUCUCAACCGCGUGCGCGCCACCGGCAAAGAAGCCACCACCAAGUUCCGCCGCAUCGCCUACUACCCCCCUCCGUCCCAACACCACAACCCGGAGAACGAGGACGAGAACGAGAACGACCCCGCGCGCCCCGCCACACCCCCGCCCGCCUACGCCAACGAAGACGAAGGCUACAGCAUCAUCCACUGCCUCCCGCUCACAGGACGCACGCACCAAAUCCGCGUCCACCUCCAGUUCCUCGGCCACCCAAUCAGCAACGACCCGAUCUACUCCAACAGACGCGUGUUCGGACCCGACCUCGGCAAAGCCGACGCCACCGGCGACCGCGACGACGAGCUCGUCGACAAACUCUCCGCCAUGGGCAAAACCGAAGUCGCAGACACCGUCUCCUACCGCACACACCUGACCACCACCCCGGUCGUCCCACCAGGCACCAACACCUCCACCAUCGAAGAGAUCAUGUCGCGCGAGCACGAGGCCGCCGUCGUCGCAUACCACAAGCGCAAGGGCGAGCGCCUCUCCGGCGAAUCCUGCGACGUCUGCGGCACAGAGCUCUACACUGAUCCCGGCCCCCACGAGCUCGGCAUCUUCCUCCACGCUGUCGCCUACGCGGACUCGCAGCACGGGAACUGGAAAUACCGCAGCUUGAUGCCGGGCUGGGCUAUGCCGCCUGCAGGGUUGGACGGGCCGCGCGAGACGCCUGACUGGGUGCCUGUGCCUGAAGAGGAGGAGGUCGUUAUUGGCCAUGGGGAGGUCCCGGAGGGCAUGCGCGAGGAAGAUAAUAAGAAUGUGCCGGUUUUGGUGAGGGGUGUUGGGAUGGUGGAUGUGUCUAGUGGGGGACGUCAGACGGAAGCUUCCUAGUUUUUCUCUCUUUCUUUUCUCUCUUCUUUUUGUUUGUUUUUUCCUCUUGCUUUUGG